UGUAUACUAAUUCAAUUCGAGAAGUUGUUGAAAGGCUGGCCACCAUGAUACCUCUCUUUUUCAAUUGCACUGGAUUUUAUGGGAAAAGGAAUGACAUAAACUGGAUAACUGAACCAACAUAUGUUGGGAAGAGCUUUGAUGAUCCUUUGGAAUAUGUCUUUGUGGAUCAUUUGCCAGAACAGCAUCCGGAGUCUAAUGAUUGUGGGUUAUACACAUGUGCAUUUGCUAAAUAUAUCAGCCAAGGUGUAUUUGAAAUUUCAGAAGAAGAUUUUGAUGCCGCUCUUCAUCGUCGGAGGUAUGGUGCCCUGCUGUGGGAUUAUGCAAGAAAAAAGCAGGCUGAUGGAGCUAUUAGUGAGAGUGAAGUAACAGGAAAUGUUACCAGCAGAUUGGGUGGUCCAAAAAUUUGCAAGGAACCAGUACCUGAAAGGGAGAAAUUAAUGAGACUAAAACGAAAAGUUUAGAAUUCUUAGAAUUAGUGACUAGUUAUUAGUUUGUUGGUGAAAGAAAGAUGAUUUUUG